AUGCUUCGCCAAUUUGUCCGUCCUGCUGCUACUGCCAACCGGGCAGUCUUCAGCCGUUCUUUCUCCGUCGCCGUUCCUCGUAUGGGCGAAGGUGACACCGGUGCUCCCCGCUCUGGCGGUGGUGGUGCCUCUGGCGGUGACGCAUUCACCAAGCGCGAGGCUGCUCAGGAGAGCCUUUAUAUCCGCGAGAAGGAACUUGAGAAGCUUGCCCAGCUUAAGAAGUCGAUCGUCCAGCAGCGCAAGCACUUGGAGGAGCUGGAGAACCACAUGUGA